AUGAACGCUCAUUUUAUUUCAAAUUCAUACUCUUCAGAAUUAUUAUAUCAAUUACAAAAAUUUGAUAGUUCAAGAUCCUAUACUUAUUAUGACAAUGUAUUUGCUUCCUCCAUAGAUAAAGAAAAGGUAAGCCAGAAGUCCCAAAGUGAAUGCGAAAUGCUCCAAGAUUGGAAUACUUUUGGGAUCAUUAACCCUCUUCUUGUGCAACAAAUCUCAGAUGAUUUCCACAGCUUUUGGAAAAAUAAUCAAAAGUCAGAUAACGAAGAGAUACAGAAAGAGGAUAUCUUUAGCAAAUCGAGUAUAAAAACGAGGUCACAAAUGAAAAAUACUAAGCUACUUUAUCAUUGAGAGCCUUCAUUAUGUACUUCAAACUCGAAUUUGGAAGAAAUAAGAGAUCAACACAUUUCCUUCAGCAUCAGUCAAGUCCAAAGAAACCCGAAGUCUCAGAAUAGAGUCGAUGCUGAGUUGAAAGGAGCUCUCAGAUUUGUGAAAAAGUACUUAAAGAAUCUUUUCAAAUCUAUGAACCCACGAAUUACUAACAGGAGGUAUAUCAAUUGAACUUUAGAAGAAAUACUGGAAGCUAUGAGAGCCACUCUAUCAAGUAUUAUUCCUCAGGAUCUUCUUGCUGAUGACUUGGUCUAUUACACAGUUGGAAUUCUUAGCAUCAGAAAGUAUUCAGAGUUGGGGUGAAAACAAAGAAUUAAAAAGGAAAUCACCAUGUUCAAUGAAGCAAACAAAAGCUUCACCUUUAAGAAGCUCAAGAAGUGUAUGCAAGAAAGCAGCUUGUGGAUUUUGUGAAGGUACAUUGCACCCCAAGCAAGUGGCAGAGCUGUUGCUGCACUCCAGAAGUUGCUAGAUAUUGAAUAAACUUUCGAAUAUCUAGCCUAGGCUUGGAGAUGGCCAUGAAGGAAACACUCUUAAAUGCUAAUAAUUUGAUAUCAUAACUUCAUCC